AUGGUGCGCAAUCAGACGACAGGUCAGGUACCGACAGGAUGCACAUCGUCAAAAAAGGGCAUGAACAUGUCAUCACAUCAAACAGAUAGCUGUCUUCUUUGCAGAUGGUUGAUGUUCCAUUCAACUAAUUCCUAUAAAAAUCCGUGCUUCGGAGAAAUUACAGUCAUGAAUAGGAAUCCAUAUCCAGUGGCUUGGUAUCUCGAUAUAGUACUGCUUAAGAAUGGCGAUGUAGAGGUAAUUUACCUGAUCUCAUCUGAUGAUUGGCCUCGUGAAGUGGUCGAAUACACUGGUAAACGUCAUAAAAUCGUUGCAGAAUGCCUCAAAAUCCCGGAUUAUAUUCGUCCAAGCAAUAAUUCGGUUUGUCACCUUGCUCGGGCCGCCCGGCUAACGCCAGGCUUCCCUCCUUCUUGUGGGUUCGCCCGGCUACGCCGGGCGCUCCUUCUUCCUCUGAGAAAUUUGCUAUGCGUGAAUAACACUUCGGAUUCUCCUUUUGCUUUGAAAGCUCUACACCCUCAGUAUUAG